AUGGCACAACAUGCACAUGCCCUCUCUUUAACCUAUCAUUGGUCAGGGACAGUGAAAGCCUUUCUUUCGCUUGAAGACAUGCACGCUUUGGUCCCUUCGUUAUCGUCAAGGCUUCUCUCAGCGUCCAUCAACAUGAAUGCAACAGACUCAUAUGCUCCACUCCUGAGCCUAAACAACGAGCACUACCUGCAGAAAUGUUGUGGUGCCAUUACAUGCAUAUGUGAUGUACAAGGCAACAAGGGCGAAGACAGCACGUGCACCCAAAAUCCUUCACCAUCCGACACCGAGUCGGAGUCUGAUGGGUGGUCAGAUGCAUCCAGUUUAGACCCACUCUUGGACACUACACCUCCCACUAUCCCCGCUUAUUCUUCCAGUGUACCUGGACCAAUCGACUUCAUGGUGCUUGACAGCAGCCUUGAUGACACUGUGGGUAACAUGUCAGCAAUUUUCCUCAAGUACAUACAAGCUUUCCCCCCAUCGACCUCGGCUCAUGAGCUGCAUGAUGCUCUCCAAAACUUAUAUGACAUCUUGCAACAGGUGGAGGAGUUGGCAUGA